AUGCUGUUCCACUCACCAAGGUUUAUGAACCAUGUGUAUAAUAAAGAUUUACAGUUGGACGAUGCAGUGCACGCAGCCAUACUCACACUAAAGGAGAGUUUUGAGGGACAGAUGACUGAAAACAAUAUUGAGAUCGGUAUAUGCAACGAGAAUGGGUUUCGCACCCUUACUCCAAACGAAUUGAAGGACUAUCUGGCCGCAAUUUGA